AUGGGAACGUCACGGUGCUUCCGUCUGGCGUUCCUGCUGGGGUCCGUGUUAAUGGUGCUGCUCAUCAUCAUCUAUUGGGACGACGUGGGAGAGCUCAAUCUCUACCUCCACGACCCUCACCCCCACCCCACCUCACCCAGCUCCUCCCCCAGCCGCCCCUCCUCCAGCUCAUCCCUCUCCCAUCCCCUAGGGGGGGGGCUCCUCUCUGCCACCAUGGAGGUGCAGGGGACCCCCAAAUCCCCCAGGACCACAGAACCUGACCGGCCUGGAGAGGGGAGGAGGGGGACCCCCAAACCCCCAGGGGAGGAACACCCCCUCACCCAAGGAACAGACUCCUCAGAGCUGGAGGAGAGGUGGAGAGGAAAGGAGAGAGAGGAGGAGAGGAUGAGAGAGGAGGAAGGGAAGCGAGAAGAGGAGAGAGUGAGGCAGGCGGAGGAGGAGAAACGAGAGGAGGAGGGGAGGAGACAGGAGGACAGGAGGAGGCGGAUCAGUGAUAUGUGUUCCGGGAACGGAACAUUACAAUUCCCAGGAAAGUUCCGGACGUUUGACCAGAUUCCCAACCGGGAGUUAGACCACCUGAUAGUAGACGACAGACAUCAGAUCAUCUACUGCUACGUUCCCAAGGUAGGGGAGGGCACAGCCAAAAGAGGACUGUCUGCCCCUCGGAGCCUGGUUCCUCUCUAGGUAGGGGAGGAGCCUGGUUCCUCUCUAGGUAGGGGAGGGAGGGCGCAGCCAGAAGAGGACUGUCUGCCCCUCGGAGCCUGGUUCCUCUCUAGGUAGGGGAGGAGCCUGGUUCCUCUCUAGGUAGGGAGGGCGCAGCCAGAAGAGGACUGUCUGCCCCUCGGAGCCUGGUUCCUCUCUAGGUAGGGGAGGGCGCAGCCAGAAGAGGACUGUCUGCCCCUCGGAGCCUGGUUCCUCUCUAGGUAGGGGGGAACCGGUUCCUCUCUGGUAGGGGAGGGAGGCGCGCCAGAAGAGGACUGUCCCGCCCUCGGAGCCCGGUUCCUCUCUAGUAGGGGAGGGCCGGUUCCCCUCUAGUUAGGGGAGGGGGGGCCAGCCAGAAGAGGACGUCUGCCCCUCGGAGCCUGGUUCCUCUCUAGGGAGGGGGGGACCUGGUUCCUCUCUAGGGAGGGGGGGAGGGCGCAGCCAGAAGGGACUGUUGCCCCCCGACCUGGGUUCCUCUCUAGGGAGGGGGGGACCUGGGUUUCCCCUCAGGUAGGGGGGGAGGGCCCGCCAAAAAACUGUCCCCCCCCCGAGCCCGGGUUCCUCUCUAGGGAGGGGGGGGGGGCGCAGCCAGAAGAGGAUGUCUGCCCCUCGGACCUGGGUUUUCCCCUCUAGGGAGGGGGGGGGGGAGGGCGCAGCCAAAAGGCGUCUGCCCCUCGGCCUGUUCCUCUCUAGGUAGGGGGGGGGCCACCCGAAGAACUGUCCCCCCCUGGACCUGUUCCCUCUAGUAGGGGAGGGAAAGGGCGGGCAGCCAGAAAAGGACUUCUGCCCCUCGAGCUGGUUUCCUCUCUAGGUAGGGGGGGCGCAGCAGAAGAGGGCUGUCCCCGCCCCCCGGGCCUGGGGUUUCCCCUCUAGGUAGGGGAGGGCGCGCCAAAAAGGACUUCUGCCCCUCGGAGCCUGGUUCCUCCCCCUAGGUGGGGGGGCGCGCCAGAAAGGCUGUCUGCCCCCGGGGGCCUGGUUCCUCUCUAGGUAGGGAGGAGGGCGCGCCCGAAGAGGACUGUCUGCCCCCCGGGGCCUGGGUUUCCCCCUGGGAGGGGAGGGGGCGCACCAAAACAGACUGUCUGCCCCUCGGGGCCUGGUUCCCUCAGUGGGGGGGACCUGGUUCCUCUCUAGGUAGGGGGGGGAGGGCGCCCAAAAAGGGGGUGUCUGCCCCCCGGGGCCCCGGUUCCUCUCUGGUAAGGGGGGGAGGGGGGCCCGCAAAAAGGCCCCCUUCUCCCCUCGGGGGGUUCCCCCUCUAGGGGGGGGGGCGCAGCCAGAAGAACUGUCGCCCCUCGGGGCCUGGUUUUUCUCUAGGUAGGGGAGGGGGGCAGCCAAAAGGACUGUCUGCCCCUCGGGCUGGGUUUCCCCUCUGGUAGGGGAGGGAGGGCGCGCCAGAAAGGGCGGGCUGCCCCUCGGGGGCCUGGUUCCUCUCUAGGGAGGGGAGGGCACAGCCAAAAGGACUGUCGCCCCCCGGACCUGGUUCCUCUCGGUAGGGGGGGGGCACCCGAAAAGGGGCGUCUGCCCCCCCAGCCUGGUUUUCCCCUCUAGGGAGGGGAGGGCCAGCCGAAAAACUGUCUGCCCUCGGACCUGUUCCUCUCUAUUAGGGGAGGGGCGCGCCCAAAAAGGGGCUGUCGCCCCCGGGCCUGGUUCCCCUCUCAGGUAGGGGGGGCGCGCCAAAAAGGACGUCUGCCCCUCGGACCUGGUUCCUCUCUAUAGGGGGGGGGGGGCCCGCCAGAAGAGGAUGUCUGCCCCUCGGACCUGGUUCCCCUCUAGGGAGGGGAGGGCGCAGCCCAAAAGGGCUGUCUGCCCCUCGGAGCGGGUUCCCCCUCUGGUAGGGGGGGGGCAGCCGAAAAGGACUGUCUGCCCCUCGGGCCGGUUCCUCUCUAGGGGGAGGGCGCAGCCAAAAGGACUUCUCCCCCCGGACCUGGGUUUCCCCCUCUUUGGUAAGGGGGGGGGUUUUUCCCUGGGGGGGUUUUUCCUCUCUGUGGGGGGGCGCAGCCAGAAGAGGACUGUCGCCCCUCGGCCUGGUUCCUCUCUAGGGGGGAGGGGAGGGGCCCGGUUCCUCUCUAGGGAGGGGGGGGGGCGCACCAAAGAGGGCUGCUGCCCCCCGGAGCCUGGUUCCUCUCUAGGUAAGGGGGGGCCAGCCAAAAGGGGCGCUCCCCCCCGGGGCCUGGGUUUCCCCCUAGGUAGGGGGGGGCAGCCAGAGAGGACUGUCUGCCCCUCGGACCUGGUUUCCCUUAUUUUGGGGAGGGCGCAGCCCGAAAGACUGUUCCCCCCCCCGGAGCCGGCCCCCCCAGGGGGGGGGAGGCGCCCCCGAAAGGGGGUGUUCCCUCGAGCCUGGUUUCCCCUUUUAGGGGGGGAGGGGGCGCCAAAGAGGGCCCGUCUCCCCUCGGGGCCUGGUUCCUCUCAGGUAGGGGAGGGGCCCCGGUUCCUCUCAGGGAGGGGAGGGCGCAGCCAAAAAGGACGUCUGCCCCCCGAGCCGGUUCCUCUCUAGGUAGGGGGGGGGAGCCUGGUUUCUCGGGUAGGGGAGGGCGGGACCAGAAGAGGCUGUUGCCCCCCGGAGCCUGGUUUCCCUCUAGGGAGGGGAGGGGCCUGGUUCCCCCUUUUAGGGAGGGGGGGGAGGGCGCACCAAAGGGACUUUUUGCCCCUCGGAGCCUGGUUUCCUCUCUAGGUAGGGAGGGGGGCGCGCCAGAAGAGGGCUGUCUGCCCCUCGACCUGGUUCCUCUCUAGGGGGAGGGGGCAGCCCAAAGGGCUGUUGCCCCUCGGACCUGGUUCCUCCUAGGGGGGGGGAGGGGCCUGGUUCCCCUCUCUAGGAGGGGGGAGGGGGCGCCCGAGAGGGCUGUCCUUUCCCCUCGGGCCCCGGGCCUCUCUAGGGGGGAGGGGGCAGCCCGAAAAGGGGCUGUCUGCCCCUGGGGGGGGCCUGGUCCCUCAGGUAGGGGGGGGCGAGCCCGAAGAGGCCCGUCCCCCCCUCGGAGCCUGGUUCCUCCAGUAGGGGGGGAAAAAGGGGGGGGCCUGGGUUCCCCCCUCUGGAGGGAGGGCCACCAAAAGGACUGUCUCCCCUACCUGGUUCCUCUCUAGGGAGGGAGGGCCUGGUUCCUCUCUAGUAGGGGGGCGCAGCCAAAGAGGGUGUCUGCCCCUCGCCGGGGGUUUUCCCCUCUAGGGAGGGGGGGGGGCCCGCCAGAAAACUGUCUCCCCCCCGGACCGGGUUUCCCCUCGGAGGGAGGGGCCAGCCAAAAGACUGUCCCCCCCUCGGAGCCCGGGUUUCCCUCUAGGGGGGGGAGGGGCCUGGCCCCUUUUGGUGGGGGGAGCCUGUUCCUCCUAGGUAGGGGAGGGGGGCAGCCAGAAAAGGACUGUCUGCCCCUGGGCCUGGGUUCCCCUCUGGUAGGGGAGGGGCCCCCAGAAGAGGACUGUCUGCCCCCGGAGCCUGGGUUCCUCUCUAGGUGGGGGGGGGGGGUUUUCCCUCUAUUUAGGGGGGGGCCCGGUUCCUCUCUAGGUAGGGGAGGGGGCGAGCCAAAGAGGACUGUCUCCCCUCGGACCCGGUUUUUCCCCUCUAGGGAGGGGAGGGGCCUGGUCCCUCUAGGUGGGGGGGGAGGGCGCACCAGAAAGGGCGUCUGCCCCUCGGAGCCCCCGGGUUCCCCCCCCUAGGUAGGGGAGGAGCCGGGUUUUCCCCUCAGGUAGGGGGGGAGGGGCCCCGAAAAAGACUGUCUGCCCCUCGAGCCUGGUUCCUCUCUAUGUUUCUGUUUUUCAGAGUUUUUUGGGGCACAAAAAUUGCCUGUUGCUUUCUUUUGGGGGAGGGGGGCACUUAAAGACCUUGUGACCUGUUGUAUAAAAAAAAAAAUUUCCUCCCCUCCUCCCCCUCUCCCCUCUUCCCCCCCCCCUUUUCCUCUCUUCCCCCCUCCCCCCCUCCUCCCCCUCCCUUUUCCCCCCCUCUCCUUUCCUCCCCUUUCUUUCCCCUCCCCCGGUCCCCCCUCCCCCCUUCCCCCCCCCUCCUCCUUUCUUCUCCCCCCUCCCCUCCUCCUUUUCCCCCCUUCCCCUCCCCUCUCCCCUCUCUCUAGGUGCAACCAAGAAGCGUGUUUGGGGGGUUCCCCUCUGAGGGUUUCCGGCCGGGGGAGACCCUUCCCCCCCCAGGCCCGGCCCCCUUUAUAAUCCACCCCGUCCCUGCCCUCACCUUUCCUCUUAGGUGGGGAGGGCUUCCCUCUUUAUCCCGUUUUCCUUCCCCUUUUACCCCUUUUCCCCCGCUUUCCCUCUUACCUCCUCUCCCUUUUCCCCCCUCCCCCCCUUCCUCCCAAAUCCCCCGGGGCUCCCCCCCCUUUUCCCCUAACCCCCCCUUGUUCCCCCCCAUCCCCUCUUUUUCCCCUUUCCCCCUUUUUCCCCCCAUUCUCCUUUUUUCCCCAAAACCUUUCCCCUUUUUUCCCCCCCUUUUUCCCCCCCUCCCUCUUUCCCCCCCCCCUUCCCCCCCCCUUUCCCCCCUCCCCCCCUUUCCUCCCCCUCCCCUCUCCCUUUCCUCCCCACCCUCCCCUCCUCCCUCCCCCCUGCCCCUCCCUUUCUCCCCCCUCCCCUCCCUCCCCCUCCUCCCUCCCCCCUCCCUCCUUUCCUCCCCCCUAGUCCGCUGGGCCCCUCCCCCCCGUCCCAUCCUCCCCCUCCCAUCCUCCCCACGUCCACCUCCUUUCCUCUCCCCCCUCGCCCUCCUUUCCUCCCCCCUCCCUUUCUCGCUUUCCUCUCCUUCCCCUCUCCACCGCCUCCUUAUCCCCUCGCCCCCUCCGCCUCCUUCCUCCUUCCCCCACAGCCUCCCCUCGACCUUUGCCCCUCCCCUCAUCCCCUCCUUUCCUCCCCCCUCCGCCUCCUUUCUCUCACCCCCUCCCCGUCCUUUCCUCUCGUCCUCCAGACCCCCGUCCCCUCCUUUCCUCCCCGCUUACCUCCUCCCUCCCUUCCCCGCCAUUCCCCUCCUUUCCUCACCCCAUCCCCUCCCUUCCUCCUCACGCCCCUUGCCCCUCCUUUCCUCCACCCCCUUCCCCUCCCUCCCAAUCCCACCCCUCCUCCCCUCCCAUUUCCAUCUCCCCCAGACUCCCCCUCCCUCCCUAGUAACACCCCAGUCCCCUCCUUGCCCCCGCCGCCUGGAAGGUGGGGCCCGCUCCCUAUUGCUCCUCCCCCCUGCCGCCUGCCUUUCCGUCCCCCGAUAGAGCCGGAGUUUUCCCCUCCCUCCGCUUCCCCCCGUCGCACCCUCCCCUCCUUUCUCGGGACCCCCGUGGCAGCCAGUACCCCUCCUCCUCCCUCCCCUCCCCUCCUUUCCCCUCCCUCGGCCCCCUAGAAGUGGGGAGGACAGGCGAGACCCCUCCUUUCUCUCCCCCCGGGUUGUAAUGUCGGACAAUGCCCCGCCCCCUCCCCUCAACUUUCCUCCUCCCCUUCGCCCGUUCCUUUCCGUCACCCCCCUUGCGUCCCCUCCACCCUGGCCCCCCGUGACCUCGUCCCUCCCAUCUCCAGUUCCCCUCUCCUUCCCGGGGCCGAUUCUCGGCCCAUGCCUUUCACCCAUCACCCUCCUCUCCGCCGCUCUUGGACCUCCCCCCUCCCCCUCCCUCCUAUAGUUCUGGCGUAGGUAUGGCCGUCUCUCCCGUCACCUGAUGAGGGUGAAACUGCAGAGUUACACCAAGUUCCUGUUUGUCCGCGACCCCUUCGUCCGACUCAUCUCCGCCUUCCGUAACAAGUUCCAACAGCCCAACGAAGACUUCUACCGCCAGUUCGGCUCCGUCAUGCUACGUCGUUAUGGAAACGGGAACGGGACCUCCAGGGUUCCGGAGUCAGCGGCGGAGGCGUUCAAAGCGGGGAUCCACCCGUCGUUCUCUGAGUUCGUCCGGUAUCUCCUCGACCCCCAGACGGAGCAGGAGCAGCCAUUCAACGAACACUGGCGCCAGGUGUGUGUGUGUGUGUGUGUGUGUGUGUGUGUGUGUGCUCUCAACCCAACUAGACUCAAGUUAACUUCUUCUUCUCCUCAGGUGUACCGGCUGUGUCACCCCUGUCAGAUCCAGUAUGAUUUCAUCGGCACGCUGGAAAACCUGGAAGACGACUCUGAUCAGCUGCUCCGGAUCCUGGGUCUGGAAGACCAGAUAAAGUUCCCGCCUAGCAACCGGAACCGCACGGCGGCCAGCUGGGAACGGGAUUGGUUCGCUGAGGUUCCAGCCGAGUUGAGGAGGAAGCUGUACAGUUUGUACGAGCCAGACUUUGAGCUGUUUGGGUAUCCUAAACCAGAGAGUCUGCUCCAUCACUGA